AUGCCCAUCACCCAGUGGUCCACCAAGUGGUCCACCAAGCUGCUCAAGGAUGUCGAGUCUCAUUCCCAGGAAGACCAGGGGGAGGAGGAGUGUUUUCAUGACCUUAGUGCCUCAUUUGAGAAGGAGGAGCCAGGAGCGGACAAGGUUGAGAACAAACCUGAUGAUAAUGUGAAUUCUUCUGAACUUGAUGAAGAAUACCUAAUAGAACUGGAAAAAAACAUGCCAGAUGAGGAGAAACAGAAGAGAAGAGAAGAGAGCACUAGACUAAAGGAGGAGGGAAAUGCGCAGUUUAAGAGAGGAGAUUAUACAGAAGCUGAGAGUUCUUAUAGUCAAGCCCUUCAGAUGUGCCCAUCCUGCUUCCAGAAAGACAGGUAUAUUCUGUUUUCAAAUAGAGCUGCUGCAAGGAUGAAACAGGACAAGAAAGAGAUGGCCAUCAGUGACUGCAACAAAGCAAUUCAGUUAAACCCUGGCUAUAUCAGGGCAAUAUUGAGGAGAGCGGAGUUGUACGAGAAAACGGACAAGCUAGAUGAAGCCCUGGAGGACUAUAAAUCCAUAUUAGAAAAAGAUCCAUCCAUACAUCAAGCAAGAGAAGCUUGCAUGAGAUUACCUAAACAGAUUGAAGAACGUAAUGAAAGGCUAAAGGCAGAGAUGUUAGGUAAACUAAAAGAUCUUGGGAACUUGGUUCUUCGACCUUUUGGACUCUCCACAGAAAAUUUCCAGAUCAAACAGGAUUCCUCUACUGGUUCCUACUCCAUCAAUUUUGUUCAAAAUCCAAAUAAUAAUAGAUAACAAAGUUAACAGUAGCUUGUAAAGCUGGCUUAGAGAUUGUGUGCUCCUUACUAUUUAGCAAGGGGGAAGGCCCUGCCAGUAUUUAACUUUUAAAAGCAUUUUAUCUCAAAAAUAGGCUAUCUCCUAGGGCCCAGUGCUCCCUUUUCCCUCUUGUUUUAUAAUCAGGGUGAAAUGCACUUCUGAUGUCAUAAGCCUAAUUUGAUU